UCGUCUGAGGGGCCACGUGAAGAGACAAAAGCAUCAACAGACAACAGUAUACCAUUUCCCAUGUCUAUAAGAAACUCAAAUGCAAUUGAUGGCUCCAAGAUCCUUCAUCCUAUUAUUAACUCGAUAAUUUAUUUCCACCUUCCACAGACACAGAUUUCAUAGGAAUUAGAAAAUGGGGCAAAUGGAUGCAAUUCUGAAUCUUGAAGCACUGCCUUUGGGGACUGCAAUUACAGCUGUUGUUCUUGUCGUCCUCACUUUGUUGUUCAUUCGAGGAUAUGUGAGUGAUCAUAAGAGGAGAUCUUCAGGCCUCCCUUCUCCACCAGAGGUGCCAGGGCUUCCAUUGAUUGGAAAUUUGCUGCAAUUAAAAGAGAAGAAACCUUACAAGACUUUUACCAAAUGGGCCGAGGAAUAUGGUCCUGUCUAUUCCAUUAGAACAGGUUACAACUCCAUAGUUGUACUCAACUCCAAUGAUGUUGCUAAGGAGGCUAUGGUGACAAGAUUCUCGUCCAUCUCAACAAGAAAGCUAUCGAACGCGCUAAAGAGACUCACUUCUGAUAAAAAUAUGGUUGCAAUGAGUGAUUAUGGUGAAUUUCACAAGACAGUAAAACGGCAUAUACUCACAAGUACAUUGGGACCUAAUGCACAGAAACAGCAUCGUGUUCACAGGGAUACCAUGAUAAUGAACAUUUCUGAACAAUUGCAUGCUCAUGUAGAGAAGGAUCCUCUUCAACCUGUAUACCUUAGGAAGAUAUUCGAGCCUGAGCUUUUUGGAUUGGCAUUGAAAGAAGCUCUUGGAAAGGAUAUUGAGUCGGUUUAUGUUGAGGAACUUGGAAUGACCCUGUCAAAGGGAGAGAUAAUGAAGAUAUUAGUGCAUGAUCAAAUGGAGGGUGCUAUUGAGGUAGAUUGGAGAGAUUUUUUUCCGUACCUGAGGUGGAUUCCCAACAAAAGCUUCGAAAAUAAAAUUCAGCGGAUGUGUUUCCGUAGGACAGCUGUGAUGAAGGUUCUCAUUAAUGAGCAGAGGAGACGAAUUGAUUGCGGCAAGGAACUCAACUGCUACAUUGACUACUUGUUAUCCAAAGCAAAAAUGCUAUCCGAGCAACAAAUACUUAUGCUGCUAUGGGAAGCCAUAAUCGAAACAUCAGACACCACUUUUCUCACCACAGAAUGGGCCAUGUAUGAACUUGCAAAAGAUCCAGAGAGACAGGAUCGUCUUUAUAUGGAGAUUAAAAAUGUCUGUGGAUUCGAAAAAAUCACAGAGGAAAAGUUAAUCCAACUUCCAUACUUGUCUGCUGUAUUUCAUGAAACUUUGAGAAAGUACAGUCCUGCUCCUAUAGUUCCUCUUAGAUAUGUUCAUGACGAUACACAAGUAGGAGGAUACUACAUUCCAGCUGAAACCGAGAUUUGUAUAAAUAUUUUUGGGUGCAACAUGGACAAAAAAUUGUGGGAGUGUCCUGAACAGUGGCAGCCUGAAAGAUUUCUCAAUGAGAAAUAUGAUCCAAUGGAUAUGCACAAGACAAUGGCUUUUGGAGCUGGAAAGAGGGUAUGUGCAGGCUCUCUCCAGGCAAUGUUGAUUUCUUGUAUAGCCAUUGGGAGAUUAGUUCAAGAGUUCGAAUGGAAACUGAAGGAGGGAGAACAAGAAAAUGUUGACACUCUUGGGCUUACUACUCGCAAACUUCAUCCAAUGCAAGCAAUCUUAAAGCCAAGAAUUGACAAAGAAAGAUUGUAACUGUCGUGUUCAAAGUCAUGGUUUGUCUAAUUGAAUCCCUUUUAUUUAUCAGAAAUUCGGCCAUACCCUCUUUAGCAUGCUUGUAAAUUUUCAAAAGUUUUACAUGUCCAGUAGUUUGAAGCUGUGGCUCAUUGUAUCUUUUCGGAGUGGACCAAUCCCCCACCAACCCCCAACCCACAAAAAAACCCCCCCACUCCCCCUUUUCAAUAAAUAGCCCCCGUUUUUUUUCA